UCGAGUUUGUUGUGAAAUGUGUUAUUUCGAUGCGUCGUGUCUUCCGAACUUUGAGGACUUGAGAGUGGUUUAUUUACUAUUCAACUACUGAAUAGAGAUUUAUAGCAAUAUUGUUAAUUUUUAAGGAUUUUUCAGUGUUUCACAGUUUUAUUUAAAUAUUCGUCGAUAUAUUUGUAUUGAAUUAAUUAAUUUGAUAUUAAAUUCAAGAUGAUGUUCAACGGAUUUCUAAUGAGUAAUGAUUCUGAUACUAGCAUAUAUACGAAGGCCAGUAACUCUGUCAGCGUCAGUGACAGUGAAGCGCGGGCUCGUUCGCUGGAGGAGUCGCUAGAGGCCGCCAUGAGAGUCUUAAAGAACAAAGAGGAGACCGUUCGCGUGCAGGCGGAGAGUCUAGCGCUGGCCGAAGAAAGACUGGCGACACUCGGACAGUCGCGUACUCAAAAUUCAUCCGACGGUUGCCAAUGUUAUAGGAAUGAUGCACACAGCAAAAGUCAAUUUAAAGAGAAAAAAGAAAUGGUCCAGACGCUUCAGGACAAUCUGUCCGUUAUAGAAGAUCUCUAUAGAGAAUGUUUUUACGAAACAGCAAGACAAGACGAGAUCAUCGCGCUGUUAAGAAACACUUGUCGUGGACAAGGACGAGUGAUGGAGACAAGGAAAAAACGCGAGAAGGACAUAGCGCUAGAGGUGGAGAAUCUCAAAGUGGAGAUAUCUAAUUUCCUGAACAAUUCCACGAACAACGACUCGGCUGAUUGUACGUGCGGGUUGAUGGAGGAAAAUAAGCGUCUCAAGAACAUUAAUGAAACGAUGGCGAAACAAAUGGAAGAAUUGCAAGAAAAAGUAAGAAAUUUAGAAGAGCUUUUAGAAGAUAAAGAAAAUUUGGAGCUUCAUCACCAGAAACAGAUCAGAAAAAAAGAAGAAGAGUUGCAGCAAAUCCAAGAGAAGUUCGAUGAUCUAAAACGGGAGAAACGCGACCAAAGCACGGGAUGUAACACACUCUCCUGUCAGAUCCAACAACUUGAAGCCUUGUUAAACGAUAAAUCAGAAGAAUUAAUAAAAAUUCAGCAACAGUGCGCCACACAGCAGACGACCAUACAGAAGUUAAAAGAAGAUAUCGAAAAAGCUGAUAAUAUUAUUAAAGAGAAUGCAUCCGUUCGUUCGGAGGUGUGGUCCCUGAGUGGCCAGGUGUGUGCGUGGCGUCGUCAGCUGGCGGCCGGCGCCGGGCAGUUGCGAGACCUCAGGCGGGAACUGAGACGAGCGAGGGAUCACUGCCAACAUCUCGCACAACAUUACACUGAGAAGUGUGAGCUGGUGGAGGAGUUACGCUCCGAGCUGGCCGACGCUCGAGCAGGAGGGGCCGAGCUGUGUGGGGAGGCGAGGGGGGCGCUCAGAGCAGCGCGGGCUGGACUCAGGGCUCUCAGGGAGGACGCACGUGAGAAAGAAGAAAAAAUUAGCCAGCAGGAUAAAAUCAUACGCAGCCUUCGAGAAAAUUCUUCGAGGAACGUUUCGAAACAAUCCAGCGUCGAAGAAGACGUGCCGUGCUGCUCGAGAUACUUGCAAGAGAUGGAAAGAAAACACAGCGACCGCAGUCACGGAGGAGCGAGCGAGAGGAGCUGCUCCAGGUGUACCUGCUCGGGGAUCGACCGACGGACGAGUGUUUGUGAAACGUCUCAUAGUCCACCACCGCCCACCCCACCCAGGAGGUUGUUGAGGAAGAAGCCCUUGUGUAUAGACAGAAAAUGUCAGUGGCCACAGGUUCGCGAGGCGUCCGUUUGCACUCCAUCAAGAACUCCAAUGUCCUCUAUUGCAAAUAGGGAACUGUCCACCGACUCCCUUCUAGAACGCGUGGAGCGAACACACGAGGCUCUGGAACUGGCCCACCGCCGCUGGUGCAGACACCGAGAUGAACACGACCGACCCGCCGCCUCGCGCGACGUAGACUGAUGACAGUCAGGUCACAGUUGUAACCUUAUUAUUGAUGACGUCAGUACUAAAUAUUCCAAUUUCAAAAUUGGAAUCCAAAUAAAGACAAACUAUCUACCUCAUACGGAUAAAAGUAUUAAAGAGAUGUUUUUUUGACGUUUACUUUAUCUACGUCAGUUGAUGUUCGCCGACUCCAGUUUUCGUUUGGAGAACAUUCAGAUGUUUCAUAAAGUUAACUUUUAUUUAUUACUUUACGUUGUAUUGUUAUAUUUAAUUAUUUAAAAUAAACGUUUCAGUAAGUUUUGUGA